UUAAAUGUUUCAUAUUCACGUGCUCUGAGGCUCAGUGUUCACUGUUAACUGACCAUUAUGAGGUCUUGAAGUUUUGAAGUAGAAUUGUAGAGAGAUUUUUUUUUAUUAGAACUUUAGUACAUCGAUUUUUAAUCAUGAACUUUCAAGAUUUAAAUUUAUCAAAAUUCCUUUGCGAUCAGCUUAAUGCGGUUGGCGUCAAAUCACCUACUGAAAUUCAAAAAAACUGUAUACCAAAAAUAUUGGAUGGAAUUGACUGUAUAGGUUGUGCUAAAACUGGAAGUGGUAAAACAUUAGCUUUUGCUUUGCCUAUUCUUCAAAAACUUUGGGAAGAGCCUUAUGGAAUAUUUGCUCUUAUUCUUACACCUACUAGAGAACUUGCUUAUCAAAUUGCAGAUCAAUUUGCUGUAAUUGGUAAACCAAAGAAUCUUAGACAUUGUGUAGUUACAGGUGGAAUGGAAAUGAUAGUUCAAGCACGAGAAUUAUCAAAUAAACCUCAUAUAGUGGUUGCGACUCCCGGAAGACUUGCUGAUCAUUUGGAAAGCUGUGAUACAUUUUCAUUGAAACGUAUACAAUUUCUAGUAUUAGAUGAAGCAGAUAGAUUAUUAGGUGGUAAAUUUGAUAAGCAAAUUACUACUAUUUUUAACGCUCUUCCGAAAGAAAGACAAACUUUAUUAUUUAGUGCCACUAUGACAGAAACUCUGGAAAAAGUUAAAAUGAUUACAAAAAAAAAUACUUUUGUAUUUGAAUCAACUGCUGAAGUGAAAACAGUUGAUGAACUAGAACAAUUUUAUGUGCUUUGUCCUUAUAAUGUAAAAGAUGGAUAUUUAGUAGAAAUAGUUAGAAAUUUUCGUGAAAAAGAUGAAAAGGGACUAAUUAUGAUAUUCACUGAUACUUGCAAAAACUGUCAGUUGCUGCAUAUGACAUUAAAUGAAGUUGGAUUUGAUACAGUGUCACUUCAUGCAAUGAUGUCUCAACGUCAAAGAUUAGCUGGACUAGCAAAAUUUAAAUCUCAUGUUUCCAAAAUUUUAAUUGCCACUGAUGUGGCCAGUCGUGGUCUUGACAUUCCUGCAGUAGCGUUAGUAAUAAAUCAUAUAAUUCCAAACAAUGCUACUGAUUAUGUUCAUAGAGUUGGAAGAACUGCAAGAGCAGGAAGACAAGGUCGUGCUGUAUCUAUUGUUACCCAACAUGAUGUAAAAUUAGUAAAAGCAAUUGAACAGAAGAUAAAUAUUCGAUUAAAGGAAUAUGAUGUUUCAGGGCUACACGUUGCCAAAAUUUUAACUCAAGUACAUGUUACAAAAAGGGAAGCUCAGAUAAAAUUAGAUGAAACUGAUUUUGAUGAACGACGUUUAAUUAACAAAAGAAAAAAACUAAUAAAUGAAGGAAAAGACCCUGAUAAAGUAGAACAAGAAAUCAAACGUAAGAGGAAAGAAAAAAACCGAGAACGAUAUGAAAGAAGAAAUUUAAUUUCUAAAAACUAUGACGGAAAUAGUAAUAAUAGUGAACAAGAUGAUCAUAUCAAUAAUGUUGAUAAACAUGAAUAAAUAUAAUUUAUAAUUAUAUUUUAUUUUGUAUUAACCCUGGCCAAAAAUUGUCUGCUGUUCAAUUGUAUUAUCUUUGGCUUUCUUAUGUAUAACACAUACAAAUAUAUUAUGUUGAGCUAUUCCAAUUAUGUGCUAUUUAUUUAAAUAUUAUUAGAGCGAAUCAAUAGUUUAUUAAAGUUAAUUUUAAGAACAUUAUCUGUGUUCUCUUUUUGGUUUUUUAUGAUAUUUUAAUUUUUAAGUGAGUUAUGAUCAUUUUUGAAUAAUAAUAAUUUAAAACUUAUAAUUUAAUUAUAAACUCAAUAAGAGAACACAGAUAAUGUUUUUACUUUUAACUUUUAUAGUAAGUUAAUCCAUACAAUUAUUUAAUCUAGCAAUACAUUAUUGAAAUGGAUGAAUCAUGAAUGUAUAAUGUACAUUUUGUAUGUUGUGCACUAGAAUAAAGACAAUACAUGUGGAUAUAAUAUACUUUUAAUAAUUAAGUACAUAAUUUAAUUAUUGCAUUAAAAAAUAGAACUGAUAGUAAUUUUAAUUAAGACUCAAAUGUGGUUGAUAAUAUUUUGUUAAAUUGGCUGGUUUAAGUUAAAUUAAAUUAAUUUAAUUUAAUUUGCUUAAUGAACAUUAAAUGUAACAAUUUGUUUGCAGAUGCUUGUAUGUUAAAUUCAUACAAGAUGUUGAUAAGUUAUAUUAUUAGAUUUUUAUUUAACUUGUAAAUUUAAAUUGUAUAAUAAUAUGUUAAUAUUUAAGUUGUAAUUAUAAAUUGGAUUGGUUUAAAGAAUAAAAAUAACCCAUUUGCCA